AUGCACAAACCGGGGUAUCCGUUGCGCAUUAUCGUCUCGUCUAUUGGUAGUCUGACUCACAUGGUGGCUAGUUUCAUUCAUGGGAUUUUGAAGAGGUCGGUUCCGAAACCGUCUUCUUCGAUCUUGGAUGGCUGGACAUUUGUUAAACAGAUUAGUGGUAAAGAGAUUAACUCUGAUAGUAUUUUAGUUUCAUUAGAUGUAGUAUCGUUGUUCACGAACGUACCUAAAGAACUGGUUAUGGCAGCGAUUGAGAAAAGAUGGCGGUUUAUUAGCGUUAACUGUAAAUUCAGCUUGGAUCAAUUUAAAUAUGCGGUUGAUUUGAUAUUGGGAUCCACUAGUUUUAGUUUUAAUGGUCAAUUUUAUGAUCAGAUAUUUGGCAGCCCGAUGGGUUCUCCGCUAUCUCCCAUCUUAACCGAUAUGGUAAUGGAGGACCUUGAGGUACAUUGUCUCGGCUUGUUGGAUUUUACUGUUCCAGUCUUUUAUAGAUAUGUUGAUGAUGUGUUCACAAUUUUACCGAGGGAUAGAUUACAUGAUGUGUUGAAUGUUUUUAAUGGCUAUCACCCGAGAUUGAGAUUUACGUACGAAAUCGAAACUAAUAAUAUGUUAAGCUUUUUAGAUGCUACUGUUAUUAGGGACGAUAAUGUGUUAAUAACUAAUUGGUAUCAAAAACCUACGUUUUCUGGACGUUAUGUCAAUUUUUUGUCCAAUCAUUGCGUGAAACAUAAAAUUGGUAUUGUGAAAAGCUUGGUGGACAGAGCUUUGAUUUUAUCUGAUGUAAAGUUUCAUGAGUCCAAUAUUGCAUUGGUUAGGGGUAUUUUAAUUGAUAACGGUUAUCCACCUCAUUUUAUUGAUAAACAUAUAAAGAUAAGAAUUAGAGAGAUUAGAUUAAGAGAAUCAGAUUCUAAUAACGACAAUAAAGCUCGUGCGAGUAAUUGUGACAAUAAUAAGAAUUACAUUAAGAUUCCGUAUGUUAAGAAUGUUAGUGAGACUCUUAUGAAAAGUAUGUAA